CCUCCGCGCCGGCCGGCCGGGCCGCGAUGUGGCAGCAGCAGCCGCCGCCGCCGCCGCCUCCCCCGCCGCUGCUGUCGUCGGCCAUGGAAGGCGAGCGGGCCCCGCCGGCUCGGGCUCCGCCGCCGCCUCAGGCGCUCCAGGCCGCGGGGGGAGACCAGGCGCUGCCGCCCAGCGGAGCCAUCGCCGCCGCCUCCGCUUCCAGCCCGGGCAGCGGCGAGUUGAGCCUGCCGGGCAUCCUGCACUUCAUCCAGCACGAGUGGGCGCGCUUCGAGGCCGAGAAGAGCCGCUGGGAGGCCGAGCGGGCCGAGCUGCAGGCCCAGGUGGCUUUCCUGCAGGGCGAGAGGAAGGGUCAGGAGAACCUGAAGGCCGACCUCGUGCGGAGAAUCAAGAUGCUGGAGUACGCUUUGAAGCAAGAAAGGUCAAAAUACCACAAGUUGAAAUUUGGCACUGAGCUGAACCAGGGGGAAAAGAAACCGGAGGCCUCUGAACCAGUGUCCAACGGGCCAGCCGAGCCCCUUUCCCUGGAGAACAGCCCCUUCAUCUGGAAAGAAGGACGCCAGCUCCUCCGUCAGUAUCUGGAAGAAGUGGGCUACACGGACACCAUCCUGGACAUGCGCUCCAAGCGAGUCUGCUCUCUGCUGGGCCGCUGCUCCAUGGAGCUGAACGGGGCUGCUGAAGCUGGCGGACUGGGCACUGGACCAGCCCUGGCGGCCACCAGCCUCAACGGAGGAGAGUCGCUUCUCGUCAAGCAGAUCGAGGAGCAGAUCAAAAGGAACGCAGGGAAGGAAGUGAAGGAGCGGAUCAGUAACCCCGUCAUGGAGAAAAUCCCCUUUUUGAGGGGUUGUGAGGACGACGACAGUGACGAAGAGGAGGAUAUGGAAGGCCUGUCCCUGGAGACUCAGCGGCAGCAUAAGAAGCAGCGCGUAAAGCUCGCCAACAAGCCCCUGAUGCCCGAAGUGGAGGAUGAAGACGACGAUGAAGAUUCGGAGGACGCCCUGAGCGAGUUCGACUACUUGGGCUCCGGGGAAAACGGGGAAGGAUCUGGGGACACGCGGCGUGCUGGGGAUGGCAACGAACUGGGGCCCCGCAGGGUGAAGCUGCAAGGGAUGCUGGCUGAUCUCCACGAUGUUGAUGGACUCUCUCCUAAGCCUUCCAUGCCGCCAGCCAUGACGUCUCAGCCCAGGUCCCACGAAGGGUCGCUGGGCUUCUCCUCCGAUGUCUUCAUCAUGGACACCAUCGGAGGGGGGGAGGUCAGCUUGGGGGACCUCGCAGACCUGACCGUCACCAACGACAACGAGCUGAGCUGCGAUCUCUCGGACAGCAAGGACACUUUUAAGAAGACCUGGAACCCCAAAUUCACCCUGCGGAGUCACUACGACGGCAUUCGAGCUCUGGUCUUCCACCACCGGGAGUCGGCUUUGGUCACCGCCUCGGAGGACGGGACCCUCAAGCUGUGGAACCUUCAGAAGACGGUGGCUGCCAAAAAGAACGCUGCGCUGGAUGUGGAGCCCGUCUACGCCUUCAGAGGACACAGGGGCCCGGUGCUCUCGGUGGCCAUGGGUUGCAACAGCGAGACCUGCUACAGUGGGGGAUCAGACGCCAGGAUCCGCUGUUGGAAGCUCCCCGAUCUGGGCAUGGACCCUUACGACGGCUACGAUCCAAGCGUGCUCCACACCGUCCUGGAUGGCCACACGGAUGCUGUCUGGAGUCUGGCCUUCAGUCUGGCGAGGAAUCGCUUGGCUUCCUGCUCGGCGGACGGCACCGUGAGGAUAUGGGACCCGUGCAGCGGCGCCUGUCUUAGCACCUACAACACAGACAGCGAAAACGGCACCCCGACCUCCGUCGCCUUCUCCAGCACUGAUGCCACGCGGGUGGUGGCAGCCUUCCAGACGGGCAGGGCGGUUCUCUAUGACGCAGAGGCUGCCUGCCCCAUCUUGACCUUCGAGGGCAGAGCUGCCAGUGGAGCCAGCCAGAUCAACCAGGUGGUGAGUCACCCCACGCAGUCGGUCACCAUCACGGCACACGACGACCGAGGGAUCCGUUUCCUAGACAAUCGGACAGGAAAAGCCGUGCACUCUAUGGUGGCCCACCUGGAUGCGGUUACCUGCCUAGCUGUGGAUCCGAAAGGCGUCUUCCUGAUGUCGGGAAGCCACGACUGUUCGCUGCGGCUGUGGAACCUGGAUAACAAGACCUGCACGCAGGAGAUCACGGCUCAUCGCAAGAAGCACGAGGAGGCCAUCCAUGACGUGGCCUUCCACCCCAGCAAGGCCCUGAUUGCCAGCGCCGGAGCCGACGCCCUAGCCAAGGUCUUCAUAUGAAGGGGAGGCAGGCCUGCAGGAAUCCCGUCUCUUCCGCUUCCUCCUUUCUCUGGCCCAGCAGUGGUGCUAACAUGGCGCGUUCCCUCACCUGCCGGGACCCUCCCCGUCUCUCACCCGAGCUCGGGACCGAUGCCUGCUGGACAGCACGAGGGGCCAGCCGUGGCCCCUUCCUCGCCCUCGCAGCUCACCUCUCUUCACCAGCACUGAAAACAUUUUUUCCACUCAUUUCAAUGCCGCCCUGUGGUUUUUAUUUCCCAGCUCAGGGAGUGGAAAAAAAAACACGCCCAAUUUACCCCGUCCCCAACGGCCAUCGGAAGGGGAAGGAAUCCCCCUGACUCAGCUGCUGGAGUCUGGUGGGGAGAGGCACCUGGACCCCCAAACCUCAGCCUCUUUGGGAAAGGGGCGUUGAAAUCCCCCCCCCCCCUUUCUUGGCUCGGUUGACCUGAGGACAUUUUUUGCUUUCUUCAAACGUUUCGGGCCGCUUUGAUGCCGCGCAGACUCUUCCCGAAGACGGACAAAACGCACUGGAUCCCCAGCUCCAAAGUCGGGGCUACGGGGCUCAAGAUCCGGAGGAAAUCAAGUGCCAACCUUUGCUCCUUCUGAGCCACAAGAUGACCCCCUCCCCCUUUUCUGCCUCCCCUUCCCCUCUGCAGCCCCUUCGGAUCUGCACACGGGGCGUGCCUCGCUCAGUGGCGACGAUAUUUGGAAGAGGAGACGGGGGUGUCAUUCUCGUCCAGCCCCUCCUGCCCCCCCAAUUUCUCAGGCAGGUAUCCUGGAAGAGGCAGGAGAUUCUGGGUGAGGGUCCGCUCUGCUUUUGUGGGUAUUCUAAAGCAGAGGGUCUGCAAACGUGGCCCCUUUAAGACUGCCCGGAUUCCCCAAAGAAUUCUGGGAGUUGAAGUCCACAGGUCUUAAAGGGGCUGCGUAUGGAGACUUCUAAAGGGGAGAGAUAAGAGAAGGGCAUCGGGGAGCAGGGUUGACCAAUCAACCAGCAAACCAUCCCAUGCUGGUCUAUCCUGCUAGAGACUAAACAUCCUGGCUUGUUCCCGUCCUUGCUGGCAGGGGGCUUGGGGGGGGGCAGGAGGAAGGGGUCGGGGAAUGUGGUGAAUAGGGUGAGGAGGAUGGUGAUAAGUUUUGGGGGAAGAAUGUUGUGAGGCCCACCCUGCAGGGGUUGCUCCUGGGUGACCCUGAGAGGGAGGGGAGUGGGUUGUCAAAAUGGGCUCAGAGGAAGGGGGUCCUGCUUUUGGGUGGGUGGGUGGGGGGCUGCGUCCUUGCAGAAGGUGGGGGGAGGCGCCAGAUGUGACCUCCUCUUGACAGCUGGAAGCAAAGCAAUCCGCAGCCUUUCUCAAUUUGGGCCACGGGAGUUGAAAUCCAAACGGAACCAGUGGGGGGGGGGGGAAUUCUGGAAGUUGAAGCCUCCCCAUCCUGAAGUACGACAGCUGGGGGAUUCUGGGAGUUGAAGUCCAUACCUUUCCCAGUUGCUAAGGUUGGGUGGGGUGGGGGGAACCCACUUAUUGGAGAGCCGUGCCUGAACCCAGCUUCAUGGGAGCAAGAGGGGCACAAGGACCCACCUUUUGGGGGUCUAUACUGCGGACCAGACCAUCCGCUCUCCUGGAGGGGUGGAGCUGUGUAAAUUUCUCCUCCCCCCCCCUCCAGCGCCUCCAUCUUCGUCCUAAAUUGGCCAACCCCACAUGGGGUGGGCAGCUGCCAGCUUCUGUCCCUGGCCUGGGGCACCGGUUCUGCGCAAAGGUGUGGGCAGAAGCACAGCUCUUGGGGGGGGGGGGGCCUCUGCAGCGAGGGGGGUCCUAAAAGUCAAGGGAGCGAGCACCACCAGGAGAUCAAAGCCCCCUCUUUUUUUAAUGCACAUCUGUGGGCUUCGGUUUCCCAAUUCUCUCCUCCCUCUUGACCUUAUAAACUCCCCCUCUCCCUACAAAAGCCCCCCAAGCUGUGUACCCCUUUCCCUGCAGUUGGGAGUAAUUUUUUUUUGUGGGGGGGAAGCGAAAACGGUUUGGGUUUCUCUUUUUUUCAAGUUUUAUCUCUUUUUCGGGCUUUGGGGCUUCCUCGUUUUUGUAUAUUCUGUACAGUCGAAGAAAACAAGAUUCAAAAAGAAAAAGGACACACACACACACACACACACACACACACACCUGGGCACUCAGAAGGGCUGAUGAUCCUGGAAAUAACCACAAUCUCCUUAUCACUGUGUGAUAGUUUCUACACACCACCGUCAUUGUUUUUUUUUUAAAAAGAGAGAAAACAUCCAAUUCGAACUCGAGACGGGGGAGAGGAAGGCCGAUUUCAAAGGGGAGAAGCAGCCGUGUGACGUGUACCCCAAAUUUAUACCCACCCACCCACCUCCAAGACUCACUACUGGCCACUCUCUCCCCCUCCCCAUUUCCCCCCCCCCUUUCCUCUUCUCUGGGGCUCAUCCGGACUCUGCAAGCCUGCUUUUUUUU